AUGGUUUCUGUUACACCACUUAUAGCUUUUCAAUCUCUUUUCAACCAAUUUUUGGCAAACAACACCGUUGCACCACUUUUGGUGAGCUUCAGGUCAAUAUGGUCCGACGAACAUUUCUUAUUACAAAUUGAAGAAAAGUGUUUGGAAAUCAACAAGUCUCGGAGCAUUUAUGAGUGCAAAAAAGUGUGUGAAAUCUGUGAAAUGUACCUUUUUUACUAUCGAAAAGUGAUGUCACAAAAUUCAAUUGCAAAAUGUGAAACACUCUCACAUUUUGCACUUCAGGAAAUGACGCCAAAUUUGUUGGUUGGUGUCAAAACGUCAUCCAAAAAGCCAACCCAAAAUGUUGUUCCACGGAAAUCACAUCGGACGCGUGCAAACAGCGAUUCUGAUAUCUCCAACCUUCCAAAAUCAUUUUUGUCUCUUCGUGAAACAACAGACAUUUGUUACACAAAGCAGAGUGCUAUUUUGGGCACACAACCAGAUUUUCACAAACCAAAAGAAGACACAAAUAACACACUUAAAAUCACCGUCGAGAACAUUGUCAUGAAAAUGCCCCUUUCCGAGCCCAAAAAAGGUGUGAGGGUAAUUUCACCAGUAGGGUUUCUUAAAAUUGAAGAUUUGAAAAGAAACUUUCACGAAAAAAUGCGAGUCGAACAAUUAAUAACGGAGAUCGUCCAAAUUGAAAAUGGAAUUGAAAAGACUAUAUUGGAAGUUGACCCUCAAGUGUUUGCCGAACAACUUUUUUUGUUUGAUUUAUGGAUUUUAAGAGAUCUCCGUCCAAGUGACUUUAUGGAGAAUAACGCAAGUGUUAAAAAAUAUUCUGCGGAGAUCACUAAGGUCUCCCAAGUCAUAGGGAAAAUAGUAGAAGUCGCAAAUAAUAAGACGGCGGUUUUUCAGUUCUUUUUUGAUGUCAUUUUGAGAUGCAAAGAAAUUGGCGAGUAUAACUUUGCGUCAGUGCUAUUUGGGACAAUUAUAUCGGAGUCCAUUAGUAUAAAGAUGAGUUUGACAAAUAAUAAAGUCGGUAAAUGA